CUUGCGUUGUUCCUAUCACUUCAAUACAGUAUCUCCGCAGGCCUUCACAAACGCCAGAUUCGGCGGCUUUCUGCUGCCGUCAACCUAGCUCAGCGCAACGCGCCGACUACUCCUCGGUUCUUUUUCUGAGGCAUCUGGUUCCUCUGCUCAUCAGGCAUUCUCUUAGCAUCGUGGUGGCUUUCAUUAGGGUUUCGCUGCCUUUCUCUACAUCCGCUUGGACCAAAGGUUGAUGCGUUCUGAUACGUGGCAUGGCGACCCAUGUCGGAAUCGCAGACCGUUCGAUUGCCAUCACAAGUUCCGUUUCAGAGCUCGCUGGACUGCGUCCGAGCCUCCUGCCAUCUGCUCGCCGAACCACGCAACGGACCAGGAACACAGGUUCGGGGCGAACGCGGCAACGUAACCCGCAAUGUCGGUCCGCUGCUGCAGCAGCAGCCCCAGCAGCAGCAACUGAUGGCUCCUCUGAGUCGACCAGUCAGGAUUUUGGGGGGAAGAGAACCGGAUGGUUGAAUGGCCGCGCGUGCUUGGUUUGCGCUGCUCAGGGUUGUGUUUCGUGCGUCGGCGUGAUUCCGCUUAGCGCCUUCCCUUCACCGGGGUGGCGCAAGCGUUAUUCCCGCAGACGUGUUUCCGCGCGGGGAUCCCAAGGGUCAGCGGGGGAGAGAUUCAUAGACUCGGAAUCAGCAGGGUCGGGGGGAAGCGGUAGUAGCGCUAGCAGCAGCAGAGGUUCUGGCGUUGCAGAUUCGAGCAGCGGUAAUGCGGGGGAGACGGAAACGAACAGUCAAGUCUGCAGCAGCAGCAGCAAUGGUAUUACCGGAAGCCUUGAGAUUGGGAGGUCGAAUGGGACUGGUAACGGUAACGGCAACGGCGCUGCAGCCUCUAUCCGCGUCGUUGCCACGGACGGUACUUCAGCUUCUUCUGCUGCGGCUGCUUUUGCCACUGCUGCUGGUUCUGCAUCUGUUGCCGCGUCUCCAGUGGUUACUCCAGACACGCUUUGGGAGGAGCUGCUGCCGUGCAUCACGUAUCUCUCGCCCACUCAGCUACAAGUCGUCCGCCACGCCUUAAGACUGGCGUUCAGGGCGCAUGACGGGCAGAAGAGGAAGAGCGGCGAGCCGUACAUCAUUCACCCUGUUGAGGUCGCCAGGAUACUGGGGCAGCUGGAGAUGGACUGGGAGACGGUGGUGGCGGGGCUGCUGCACGAUACCGUGGAGGACACGGACGAGGUGUCCUUUGAGCAGAUCGAGGCGGCCUAUGGGCCGGCAGUCAGGCGGAUCGUGGAGGGCGAAACCAAGGUGUCAAAGCUGGGCAAGGUGAAGGACGGCAGCAAGGCAGAUGUGAAGGCAGACGACCUGCGGCAGAUGUUCCUAGCAAUGACGGAAGAGGUCCGUGUGAUUAUAGUGAAGCUGGCGGACCGGCUGCACAACAUGCGCACACUCACGCACAUGCCGCCCCACAAGCAGAAGUACAUCGCUCUUGAGACUCUCAGCGUUUUCGCCCCUCUUGCACGUCUACUCGGCAUGUACCACAUUAAGACGGAGUUGGAGGACCUGUCAUUUCGGUACGCGUAUCCCGAGGAGUAUCUGGACGUGAGUGAGCGCAUGCUGCACCUCUGCACGCAGCAACAGCCCGCCCUGGACGAGGCGCGUGUGAUGCUGGAGGAGGCAAUCCGCAAGGACAAGUUCCUGGACCUCAUGACAUCAGGGGCAAGGGUGGAGACACGGUGCAAGGAACCGUACAGCAUCUUCAAGAAGGUGGUGGAGACGGAUGCCAAGGUGGAGGAGAUUCACGAGAUCUCGCAGCUGCGUGUGGUGCUCAGCAUGGACGACUCAGAUGCUGACCAGCCCGACAGCAGCUCCCGCAACAUUGCCCAACAGGUGUCCUACCACGUGCUGGGCCUUGUUCACGCCCUCUGGCGCCCUCUACCUGGCACUGUGAAGGACUACAUAGCCACGCCCAAGCCCAACGGGUACCAGAGCCUGCACACCACGGUACUACCCCUUGGAGCCUCGUCGCUGUUCCCCCUGGAGGUGCAGAUCCGCACGGACCACAUGGACAAGCUCGCCCAGUGGGGCAUCGCCGCCCACCACACCGGCCGCCACCCGCACCUGCUGCAGCACGGCCAGCAACCGCAGGAAGAGCAGCAGCAGGGGCAGGGGCAAAGGCAGCAGCUGAAGCAGCAGCGGCAGGGGCAGCAGGGGCAGGUGAAGCAGCUGACUGGGGGUUCCGAAUCAGAAGUACCUGGGUUUCUUUCUGCAGACAUGGAUGGCAUGAGUACAGAUGAUUCGGGCAGUGAUAGCUCAGGUAGUGAUGAGGAGGCGCCGCCUGUGUCGUCCAUCAGCGGCGUUGCCGUGUGCGGGGGGGUGGCUGAGACGCAGAGCAGCUGGGGGAACGACGCUGACGUGGCGCGGAGGGUGAGCUGGCUGAACUCCAUUCGCGAGUGGCAGGAGGAGUUUGUGGGGGCGAUCAGCGCGAGGGAGUUGUGGAUACUGUCACGUGCGACCUCUUUGGGUCGCGCAUCUUUGUGUUCACACCCAAGGGAGAGGUGAAGAACCUCCCCAAGGGCGCCACAGUGAUCGACUAUGCAUACCACAUUCACACAGACGUGGGCAACCGAAUGGUCGCAGCCAAGGUGAAUGGCAACUUCGUCCCCCCUACCUACGCCCUGUCCAACGGGGAAGUGGUUGAAGUUCUCACCUACAAAGGCGGGUCUGGCGGUUCUCGCAAGGGCUUCAGGCAGCGCCAGCAGUGGCUGCAGCACGCCAAGACAAGGAGCGCCAGGCACAAGCUCACUAAGUAUUUGCGCGAGCAAGGAGCGCUGAACUCGCAUGAGAUCACUGCAGAUCGGAUCAACGAGUUCCUCAUCGAACUCCAAUCGACUGACACUCGCACUGCUGGCAGCAGUAGCAACAGCGACAACAACAAUACGACCAGCAGCAGCAGCAAAAGCAAAAGCACCAGUGGCAACAACGGACCUGCUACUAUGCCUCUCAUUGCGGAUUCCCUUGUCCCCACCAACCAACCCACUCAAUCACCAUCCACACAAGCACCAUCGUCACUCCCCUUUGACUUCUCCCCGUCUACCAUCCCCUCCGCCCCCCCUCUUCCCCGCUCCUCCCGCCCUCGCUCCCAAUCCCCCCCGUCCCUGCCUCCCCUCCCCCCGCCACAAAGACCAUCCCCAAACUCCCAUCAAAGGCAUCCCCAGGCAGCAAGAGCAGGAGGAGCAAAGCUUGCUGCAGGGCCAGCAAGGCCAGCAGGGGCUAUGGCCCGUGAGGGAGGGAGAAGCAGGUGCAGGGUCUCGGGAGGGGCGUUUAGAGGGAGUGGGGAGGGGUGCAGAUGGCAUGGCGAGGGGGCGAGAGGUGGAACGAGGCAGGGCUGAACCGGGGGAGGUGGGAUCCGAGGGAGGGAUGUCUGGGAGAGGGCCUGGUGCUGGCACGAGCAGCCCAGAGGUUUCGCGAUUUUCUGAUGACAGGGCUGCUGCUGACGUGGCGUCCGUUCGGAUGGCCGGAGGGGGUGCUGACAUGUCGCUGGCUCGGGCUGAUGUGGAGCAGGUGGGAGGCAGAAGGAGAGAUGAUGUGGACGGUAGUGGUGAUGCGAUAGGCGGCAGGCAGGAGGGCGUGGAUGAGAUGGUAUCUCGGCUGCUAGGAGGGGUAGCAGGAGCAGCAAGGCUAGAUGAAGGUGUGGCCAGAGGAGGGGCAGAAGGAAUGGGAAGAAGCGAUGGGGAGGGCAAUGGCGCUCUUCUGCAGACAGUAGGCUACUCGCCACAAGGAGGGUCAGCAACACAAGAUGCACCCGCAGCACCAGCAGCAGCAGCAGCAGCACUACCAACAGCUGCAGGGCCAGGGGAAACCGCAGCUGCAGCAGCAACAGCAGCUGGAGGAGGUGCCUCGGAGGGGGGCGGGGCGUCUGUGGACGCGUUUGCGGAGUUUGAGGAGUGGCAAACACAGACUGUCGCCAUGUGGCAGUUCCUGAGUGGCCGCAGGAAGGUGGUGCUAUGGCUGGCUGUGCAGUGCUAUGACCGCACGGGGAUGCUGGCGGAAGUUUCCAAGAUAGUGACGGAUGCUGGCAUGCUCAUCUGCACACAUGCGGGGCGCACCAACCAAGAUGCAGGCACGGGAGUAAUGUUAUUCGAGGUCGAUGGCCUGGACCCUGACUUCGGUGUGAUAAGCGAUAAGCUGCUGGCCGUGGAUGGCGUACUCAGCUUCGCCCUGGGCUGCACCCUUGCCAACUCGCCCCGCUUCUGGCCCUGGAGCAAGUGACAUGCGGGCACCAAGACAUGCAGUUAUAAGAGACACGCAGCCAAGAGACAUCCAGCUAGGAAACAUGCAGGCAAACUGGCAUGCAGAGGAACGAGGCUUGCAGCCAAGGUCAGACAGUCAAGAGCUCUACAGGCAAGAGAGACUCGCAGAGAUUCAAUGCGCUCUCAAGCGACCGUGCAAACUCCCCCUCGCUUCUACGGGCCUGGAACAGGCAUUCUUGUCUGAGUGAGUGGGAUCUGGCUAAAAUGCUUGCUGCUACUAAACCAGUGACCUGGACUGUGCGUUGAAUUAUGGUGCUACUAAGCCAUGGAUGGGAAAAACGGCACAUGCCAAGCCAAUCCCAUCUGAUCCCAUCCAGUGAUAGCAAGCUGUGAUCAGCUGUCCCACUGCGAGUCUGCUGGUACCAUGGUGGGCUUGGCUGGCAGCAGGGAAUGCUGGUGCAGGGGCAUGUUGCUAAUCAUGCCCGCCUUAAUAGUGUUACGUUAUUGCACCUUGUGUGUGUAGUUGGGGAACAAGGAACACGUGCACUUGUGAAUCGUGAUCCGGAGAAACAUGUUAUCAUGUGUAGUUAUGGAUACCUGUGCAUAGCAGUCCGUUUUGCUGUACCCAUGCGUUUCCAACUAUAAGUG